UGUGGAGAAAGCGGAAGAAGAAGACGAAAACAUCAGCAGCGGCUCUGAGGCGACUGGACGUUUCACGGAGCUCCCUUCAUCAGCGGUUCUCCUUUGGUUGGUUUGUGUUUAAAGCUGCAGGUAACUUUAGAACCGAGUCACACCAAAAUGUCGCUGUUCGGUAAGAUAUUCGGUAGCAAUAGUAAGGGAGGGAAGGGACCGACUCCCCAAGAGGCUGUCCAGAAACUCAGGGACACGGAGGAGAUGUUGGCCAAAAAACAAGAGUUUUUAGAGAAGAAGAUCGAACAUGAGCUCCUGACGGCGAAGAAGAACGGAACCAAAAACAAACGAGCGGCCCUCCAGGCCCUGAAGAGGAAAAAGCGCUAUGAGAAGCAGCUGGCCCAGAUUGACGGGACGCUGUCCACCAUUGAGUUCCAGAGGGAGGCUUUGGAGAACGCAAACACCAACACAGAAGUGCUGAAAAACAUGGGCUUUGCUGCCAAAGCCAUGAAGGCCGCUCACGAAAACAUGGACAUAGACAAAGUAGACGACCUGAUGGCUGAAAUCACGGAGCAGCAGGAAGUGUCCCAGGAAAUCGCAGACGCCAUCUCCAGACCGGUCGGCUUUGGGGAGGAGUUUGACGAGGAUGAGCUCAUUGCUGAGCUGGAGGAGCUGGAGCAGGAAGAGUUGGACAAAAACCUUUUGGAAAUCGAAGGAACGGAAGACGUUCCCCUGCCGAGCGUACCAUUUACGUCGCUCCCAGCUAAACCAGCCAAGAAGAAGGUAGAAGAAGACGAGGACGACAUGGCGGACCUGGAGGCCUGGGCGGCUAACUGAGCCGGGUCCUCCUGCUCCUCGCCAGCAGCCCGCCCCCUGCUGGCAGAGCAGCAGAGACUCAGGGCUGCACUGCUGGCUGCUCCAUCCUAAAGCCUCCAUCCGGACGUCUACCACAGCACCUCUAGUUUGCACAUGGAUGAAAAAACUGGAACGAGAAGAGCUCAGGCUUCGCUCUACAGAUUAAAGUUGCAGGAUGAGUCUCUUUGCCAAACUCUGCUCCUUUUUCUAGGAGGUCAAAGAGUGAAAGAAAUGCCCCCCCCUUUUUACAAAAACAGCCUGUGGCUCCUGUGUGUGUCUGAGUGUGCGUGCAUACUGCGAGGGUACGGUGUGAGGAGGUACAUGAUGAGGCCUGCCUCUGGAGGAAUGUGAAGAAUCAACCUCUGCACACAAAAAGAAACGCGUUACACGGCGCCCAUUCACUCUGCUUCCUGUCACUAUCCGUUCACUCCUCCGCAAAGACAACUUCAACCUAUUUUUGCUGAGUCCCCAAAGCAGCAAGCGUCUGUAAAAAGUAGGAUUGGUACGGAAAUGUCAGAUUAAUAAACAAUGUUUUCGCUCUUGUUCUAGAAGUUUGUAUUGGAUUGAAACAUCUGGAAACUCUGGGUUUAUUUUUCCUCUCAUCUGCCUCUGUUAAAACAUUCGUUUUAACACCUCUAGAUCUGUUUUAUCGGCUUAAUAAAAUCAGGAUUAUUUUUCUUUUGAAUAAAAAUGUGAGAAACUUUCUUUUUAAAGCUUCAGUUAUCCAAAUAUCAGCGCACAGCUGUAGCGGACGCUUAGAUUUCCUUCCAUUUCAGCAAAAUAUUAGUUAAUAUUAAUUCCCUUUGCUGGACUUGUAAAAUGCUUUGCGUAUGAAUGAAGUUGAUCCAAUUAGACGAGAAAGAACAACCUCUGAGAUUCAGUCAGUUGUGCAGGAAGAACAAGCUCCAACUUGCAAAUCUGAAAUCAGGAUGGUUUAGAGAUGGGAGGUUCCUCCUUUUCUCAGUCUUAUAUAAAUUAUUUAAAUGUCUGAAAUGCAUGAAAGAUUUAUAGGAAUGAAUAAAGGAAAAUGUGUUUUUAUUCAGGAGAAAGGAUCCAUAUUAAGACCUUCAGUUCAUUAAAACCAAACUUCACUAUAAAAUUUUUUUUUUCAGAUUGUUUAGAAAUAAAAUCACCCAUUAAAGCUCUUUUAAUAAUCUGAUCGACUUGUUCCAGCAUUGCAACCUUUGGGGUAGAUGAACCUGUGCCUGACACCUCCUGCGCCUUUGCCUGUCUUGUUUACUGAUGACUCCGUGUGAUUAAAAUCAUAAGUUAUGUUUGAGAUGUGUGAUUUAUUUUAUUUUUUUGAAUGCGGUUGUCGAGUUUGCCUCCAUUCUUGAACGGACUGAUGGGAACCAGCUGGUUCUCAGUUGAUCUUUCUGCUGAAAUCCUGAUGCAAUGGAGCUCCUACUCACUGCCUGGCCCUUCAUGGCUGCUGCCACCCUCCCCUGUUUGUCUGCAGGACAGCUUUAAUAAGCACCUGUAGGCUAUAACCCUUUUUUUUAGUUCUACAUAA